GAAUCAGAUUGAAUGUCCUAUUCGUUUAACAUGUUAUAAGCUUGUUAAUUGGCGAAUUGUUGUCCAUCUAGAUAGACAAAUAGGCUAUAUAAGCUCACAAUAAUAUAUGAUUCGAGGUAAACCAGAGAAAUGAAUAUACAAUCAACUGUUUCAGGGAUCGCAGCAAUAUUGUUGCUCCAUCUGAGCUGCUGCUCAGCACGUCUUUGGGACUUUGAACCCAUGUUCGUGAAUACAACAUCAGCGGAUGAGUCGUUAGUCCAGAUUCAUGCAGAAAUUGUGCGCAAGGGACGCGAAACACCUUCCAUCUCAGGAACAUUGGAUUGCCAAUAUCCAUUAGAUGAGACGACUCUGGUCGAGGCCGUAGUCUAUCGCAGUCAAACGGGCAGCGAAGACGAUUACAAGCUGACGCCGUGGGGCAUACCGAGGAAAACAUUUACGGAAUACAUGAGAGAAUACUACAACAAUAUGAUCUAUCCCAAUUUUGAGGGCUGCUCGAAUUUGGCAAAGCCUGGCACUGAAAAUGCCUGGUCAAAAGUCAAUUACGUAUUCGACGAGUGCAUUCCCACUGGCAAAGGACUGCCUGAGAUAGUGCCCGAGGGAUAUUAUAAGAUUCAAUUUACUGCCACUGGCAGAGUUGAAUGGGGCUUUGUAUUCGUCAUGAGGAUUGUCUCCAAAAGCAACAUGAUGGGUUAUUAA